AUGGGCAUGAAAGUGUACAAGAGGGAUACCAGUGGACCUUGUCGGUCGGUGUUUAUGGUACUCGAGCUGUUGGGCAUAAAAGAUGUUGAAUACAUACAAAUGAAUUUGAUUCAACGCGAACACUUCAGCGAGGAAUACUUGAAGAUGAACCCACAACAUACAAUUCCGACGUUGAAAGAUGGCGAUUUCGUAAUUUGGGACAGCCACGCAAUUGUGACGUAUUUAGUAAACCAAUACGCAAAAGACGAUUCCCUCUAUCCCAAGGACCCCAAAAAACGCGCCAUUGUGGACCAAAGGUUACAUUUUGAUAAUGGUGUUCUCUUUGCAGCAUUGAAAACUACUAUGGUUCCAAUUUUAUACAACGGUGAGACAGCAUUCAGACAAGAAAAUCUAGACAAAAUAAAAGAGGGUUAUGCGUUUAUUGAGAAAUUUUUCUCUGGACCCUGGCUUGCAGGGGAGUCAAUAACACUGGCUGACAUUUGCUGUGUGUCUAAUAUCAGCUCUCUGAAUGAAAUUUUCCCCAUAGAUAAGGCCCUGUAUCCCAAAUUAUCGGCCUGGUUUGAAAGAUGUUCAAAACAAGACUUCUACAUCAAGAAGAACUUGCCUGGUCUGCAAGAAUUUCAAGAACUAUUAAAAGUGAAAAUUGUAUCCUAA